AUGCGAACCUCAAGAAUCUCCCAGGAAACAUCCAAGAUCCUCAACGCCACAACGCUUUCCCCCACCGGCCGACGAAGUAACCGAUCUACUCUCUCGAGAUUUGCACAUAAUGUUGUCAAGAAGGAAGAGUCUCCUGACUCCGAGGCGGCACUGGAUAUAGAAGAUGUGAUCCCCAACUCGCGGAAACGGAAGCGCAAUGCCACAGCAAGAACGCCGGUCAAGCAGUCGCCGCAGAAGGCGACGGGCAAGACGGAAAUAGAGGAGAGCGUCGAUUUCUCCCCCGCGAAAGAGCGCAAGGUGCGCAAGCCAGCGCGCAAAGUCAAGAACGAAGAGACGGGCGAUGUCGAGAUCCACCCCCCCAAUGACUGGCGAGAGGUCUAUAAUACGGUCAAGGAGAUGCGGACCACUGGCGCAGCGCAGAAUGCAGCAGUCGAUACCAUGGGAUGUGAGAGGCUAGGACAGGAGACUGUAACGCCCUUGGUGAAGAGGUACCAUACCCUGACCGCAUUGAUGCUAUCUUCGCAGACGAAGGAUACGACGAACGCGCAGGCGAUGAACCGUCUGUAUACGGAACUCCCAGCGUACAAGGAAGGCGCGCCAGUUGGUCUCAACUUGGAGAAUAUACUUGCUGUCGACCCAAAACUGCUCAACGAGUUGAUUUGGGCAGUAGGAUUUCACAAUAACAAAACGAAGUAUAUAAAAGCCACGGCAGAAAUCUUGCGAGAUCAGUACAACGGUGAUAUUCCGGAUACGAUCGAAGGCCUCAUGUCACUACCGGGGGUGGGACCGAAGAUGGGUUAUCUAUGCUUGAGUGCUGCCUGGGGAAAACAUGAGGGCAUUGGAGUUGAUGUGCAUGUCCAUCGCAUUACGAAUCUUUGGGGGUGGCACAAGACGAAGGGACCAGAACAGAGUCGAAUAGCUCUCCAGUCGUGGCUACCGAAGGAACUGUGGCACGAAAUCAACUGGGUCCUGGUGGGAUUAGGACAGACGAUUUGUCUGCCUGUAGGACGUAAAUGUGGUGAGUGUGAGCUGGGGCUGAAGGGGCUGUGUAAGGCUGCUGAGAGAGGCAAAGUCACGGCUGGUAGGAUAAUUAAAAAGGAGAUGAUCAAGCAAGACGAGGACGGGGCACUGGUCAAGGAGGAAGUGGUGAAAGUUGAGGAGGUUGAGGCGGAAGUGCCGGUCAAUGCGGAUCCCGACCAGUCUUCAGGUUUGAAGGCAGAGUUGGGCUUCGGCGACGAAAAGGUGAAGAUGGAAGAGGAGGAUCCCACAGGUGAAUUGACCACUAUACCAGAGGCCACGAAGAAGGCAUCAAAGCGCAAGAGGUGA